CGGAAAUUAAACUACGCCGGCACCGCGCGGCGGAGACCUCCGGCGCCACGUCGUUUUCCACCGCACGAGGGCCACCGCAUUAACUCAUUCGAAUCAACCAUUCCCUGUUUUGGUUUUGAUGCAUCUUCCUCGUGGUGUCGAUUCAAUCAAAUCUGUUGCAAUUCUUUAUAAGUGAUGAUGGUGUGACACUGCUUUGGAGGGAGGUCGUGCAGCUCUGAUACUCUGAGAGCUUCUUCUAAGUUCUAACAUCAAUGGCUGAAAAAGACCAAGACUUUCUUUCUCACAAAGAGCCAUCAGCUUCUCAGGUUGUGGAGGAACUGAAGGAACUAUGGAGAAUGGCUCUGCCAAUAACAGCCAUGAAUUGUCUAGUCUAUGUGAGAGCAGUGGUUUCUGUUCUGUUCUUGGGAAGGCUUGGGAGCCUUGAAUUGGCGGGUGGGGCCUUGUCAAUUGGCUUCACAAACAUCACAGGCUACUCAGUUCUAGUUGGUUUAGCCUCAGGGCUUGAGCCAGUCUGUAGCCAAGCCUACGGCAAUAAGAACUGGGACUUGCUCCUUCUGUCUCUCCACCGCAUGAUCUUCAUAUUAUUGCUUGCCAUCAUACCCAUCAGUCUCCUCUGGGUGAAUCUGGAGCCAAUCAUGUUGUUCAUGUCCCAAGAUAAGGACAUCACCUCAAUGGCUGCGACUUACUGUUUAUACUCCUUGCCUGACCUGUUAACAAACACUCUGUUGCAGCCACUCAGGGUUUACCUGAGGUCCCAAGGGGUGACCAAACCUCAGAUGUGGUGCACUUUCAUUGCUGUGAUCUUUCAUGUGCCCUUGAACUUUGUGCUGGUGGUGGUGCUGGGAAUGGGAGUUCCCGGAGUGGCCGUGGCAUCCGUGCUCACCAACAUGCACAUGAUGGUGUUGAUGAUGGGGUACGUGUGCGCUUACGGGGGGAGAUGGGAGUGGAAAUUGACGGCUGGGAUGGAAGGGGUUUUCGGAGGAGUGGGGCCCUUGCUGAAGCUGGCAGUGCCCAGCUGCAUCGGGAUUUGUUUAGAGUGGUGGUGGUAUGAGAUUGUGACCGUUCUUGCCGGAUACCUGCCCAAUCCGCGACUUGCUGUGGCAUCCACGGGCAUUCUGAUUCAAACCACUAGCCUUAUGUAUACAGUUCCCAUGGCAUUGGCCGGCUGUGUCUCUGCCCGGGUAGGAAAUGAAUUGGGAGCUGGAAAGCCUUAUAAGGCAAGGCUAGCGGCAAUGGUUGCUAUGGGCUGUGCAGUUGUAAUUGGAUUCGUGAAUGUCAUAUGGACAGUAAUCUUCAGGGAGAAAUGGGGAGGCCUCUUUACAAAAGAUGAGAUGCUUAAAGCUCUGGUUGCUUCUGUUCUGCCCAUAAUUGGCUUGUGUGAGCUUGGCAACUGCCCACAAACUACAGGUUGUGGGAUUCUCCGCGGCACUGCCAGGCCAGCAGUCGGAGCCCGCAUCAAUCUCGGUUCGUUCUACUUUGUGGGCACCCCUGUGGCGGUGGGCUUGGCAUUCUGGCUCAAAGUUGGUUUCAGCGGCCUCUGGUUCGGUCUGCUGUCAGCGCAAGUGGCCUGUGCUGUUUCCAUCCUUUAUGCCGUCCUCUGCUGCACAGAUUGGGAGGGAGAGGCAUUGAAGGCAAAAAAACUCACCACUAUUGAAAUGGAGAGGCAGUGCACAAAGGAUGAAGAGAAGAAAGGGCUGCUGAUUUCAACAGAUUCCAGCAAGUUUGAUGAAGUCCCAUAGGAGGAAAAAAAAGGUUGGGGACAGUAUUUUUGACAAGCCCUUUGUUCCUCUUGUUUGGUUGCUUUUGAGUUUUCAAAAGAAAAUAUGGGUUUGUCAUUUGUGCAAGCUGAGUUUUGGUGUCAUGGUGGCCCAUGCAUAUUAUGUCACUAUCACUCAGCUUCUUCUUUUUUCUCUUUUUAACAUAAUGCAAACUUGUUUUUGUCAAUAUUUUUUGUUGCUAAGCAUGGAAAAAGUGAAGAGAAACAAUGUUGAGGGACUAAUUG